AUCUCUUCAUGUUGUUUCAGCUACCUCGUGCUUGAGCACGUGUCAGGAGGAGAAUUGUUCGACUACCUACUCAAAAGAGGACGUCUUCCGGCCAAAGAAGCACGGAAGUUCUUAUGGCAGAUUAUAUCCGCCUUAGAUUUUUGCCAUAAACACUGCAUAUGCCACCGGGAUCUAAAACCGGAGAAUUUACUUCUGGAUGAGAAGAACAACAUCCGCAUUGCGGACUUUGGGAUGGCUUCUCUGCAGGUGGAAGGAUCCAUGCUCGAAACAUCGUGUGGUUCACCACAUUAUGCAAGUCCUGAAGUUAUCCGGGGAGAAAAAUACGACGGAAGACGGGCGGACGUCUGGAGUUGUGGUGUAAUCACAUUUGCUCUCAUUGUGGGUUCACUGCCUUUCGACGAUAAAAAUCUCCGACUGCUACUGGAAAAAGUUAAGCAGGGGGUGUUCCAUAUCCCCCAGUUCGUCCCCCACGAAUGUCAGGAGCUACUAAGAGGCAUGAUUGAAGUCGAUCCGCAGAAACGAAUGACGGUAAGCUUCAAUUUCAAAAGCUUAAUCCAAUCAGGUUGAUGUGAACGGCAACUGAGGCGAGUUUUAACUGUCCCUACGUGACUGUCUUUUCAAUCAUGCUGGCCAAAAACAAC